ACCUCCAAAGAUCAAUUCAAAGUAAACAUAAAUAGUAAUUGCUUGUGUACAUUUUUAAAUAAAAAUUAAGAACAAACUUUUGAAAAUAAAUUUAUAUUAUUUAAAUAAAGUACUUUGUACUUUUAAUUAUUUCACUAAUGAUGUAAAUUUUUGAAUUUCAAAUUUUUUAUUUAUAAUAUAAGUAAAUAAUUAUUUAUUUAAUUAACUCGUCUUGAGGUUAUAAAUCUACGAAAAUAAAAUAAAUAAUGACUUCGGUACAAGAAAGACUCAAAACAAAGCAAAGAGAAUCACGAGACACUUGGAGCACCAGAGAGCAACUUUGUCUAGCAUCAAGUGUUCUAAAAUCCGGAGAUCAAAACUGGAUAAGUGUAUCCAGAUCCCUGAAGCCUUUUGCCGAGAAAGAAGCCCUGAGACCACCAGAUUGGUUCUCGCACAAAUCCUGUGCCAAUCAGUACACUCGUCUCAUCGAAAAUGUCGACACGCCUAAAAGAAAAAAGCGGGAAAGCGGUGAGACUAUCGGCGAGUCAAUUGUCAAACGAUUGACACAAGAAAGAACCGCCGAGCUAGGUCAGAUAUUAGCGUUCCAGCGAGACGAGUACCAGCAAUUGAAGUCCGAAGUAAAUUUGUUGAAAUCGGGGACCAUCAGUGAUGACAAGCUUCAAAAAAUGUGGUCUGCUAUCGAGCAGGAGGAACGGGAGCAGGAGCAAAAAGCCAAAGCUCACAGUUUGUGGUUGGCAAAGCGUCAGCAGAAACAAGAUGUCAUAACAAAUCAAAUAAUAGCCUCACCGCUAAAAAAGACUCUGGAUCUCAGUAAUGAUACUCAGGACUCUGAGUCUGCGAACGAUGAAGAAGAAAAGAAAAGUCGCGGGCCGUCAACUUUGCUGACGAAUCUUUUAAAAUCCCCUAGUCCAACGAAACAAAUUCAAAACCCAACUUCGACAGCUCAAGUCACUUCUCCAACAAUCGCAAGUCUUUUGAGUUCAUCUGCGACUGUUCAUAUGACACAAACUCCUCAGACUGUAACGGCGCCGAUUCAUCAGCUUGUUACUUCCGUGAUCCCUUCUACACCUGAAAGACCUUCUGCAGGUGCUCCCACGCUGUCAAUGCUUCUGGCAUUGCCUGCAAAUUUACCCAAAGGUACUUUACCCGCUUUACCCAGUAGUAAAACUAGUAACGCAUCUGAAACUGGAGCAUCUCGGUCUACAAGUUCGAAGCAGACUACCCAAGCUCCGGCGAUUCAAGUUUCCAAUGUGGAGGCGGGUGACAUUGAUACUGAUAAUGUCGGAGAAAUUAUCGAACGUAUUGAUGAUGUCAUUGGUAAGGAUAAAAUUCCUGAUGUUAUUGAUAAAGAUGAAAUGAAUGAAAUUAUGGAAGAUAUUGAAGAAUUGAUCAAAGAAGAAAUAACAAAAAGUCCAUCGACUUCAGAAUCCGCCUCGGUGGUCAUCGAAACUUUUCCUGUAGCUCAGGAAAAAACUGAAGAACGAUUAGAAUCGAAAAUUAUUGACGAGCCGAUUGCGCUGACGGGUUCUCCUGAAAGUGAAAUGGCUAUUGAAGAAAUAGAUCAAAGCACUCCGGAUAUCGCUGAGAUUAUUGGAACUUCUAUUGAGACAUCGAAGCCAAAGAAUGAAGCGAAGGUUGCGAAGAAGGAAGACGAUAGUGAAGAAAAUAAGCCGGAGAAAAUGAGUAAUGAGAGUAAGGAAAAAGACGAAGAAACUGUUGCUGUGGAAAAUAAAAGUAAAGAAGAAAUAAAAAUGAUUGUAGAUGAAGACGAUAAAGUUGAUGAAGAUAAGGAGAGUAAAAGUAAAGAAGAGAUGGAUGAAAAAUUUAUAGAAAAUAAAGAAGUGGAGGAGAAAGUUGAGGCUCCGGAAGAAGAGAAAGAAGAUGGGGAAGUAGAGAAGGAAAAAAUAAAUUUAGAUGAUAAGAGUGAGGAUAAAGUUUGUGAAGAAAAGAGUAAGGAAGUGGAGGAAGAGUUGGUGGAAAAAGAAGAGAGUGAGGAAAAGGUGGAAGAAGUGAGUGAAGAUGCGGUUGAGGAUAAGGCAGAGACGGAAGAAGUAAAGGAAGAAAGUAAAGAUGAAGAAGAAGUAAAGGAAGAAGAAAAAAUAGUAAAGGAGAAUGAAGAUGAUAAGGGGACUGAGGAAUCGAAGGAUGAGGUUUUGGAUACCAAAGAGAAGAAAAUGGAAAUGGAAAAAAUUGAGGAAUGUGAAGAUAAAGAGGUGUUGGGUGAAAAAGAGGAGAAAGAAGAAAUUAAAGAAGAGAAGGUUUGUUUGGAAAAUGAGAAAGUGAAGAAGGAAGAAAUAGAUGAGAAAGAAGAAGUGAAGGAUGUGAUAGAAGUAAAAGAUUCGAAAGAAGAAAUAAAAGAAGAUGAUCAAAAGGGUGGAGAAGAAGAAGAAAAGGGUGAUAUGGAAGAAGAGAAAGUGAAAAAAGAAGAUAAAGAUAAAAUUGAAGAAGUAACGCCGGAAAAAAUUCUUCCAGAAAAGGUAGAAGAUGUUAAGCCGGAAGUUGAAGAUAAAAUUAGUGAAGAAGAAAGUAAAGUUGAAAAUGAAGAAUCGGCGAAAGAAGAAGAGGGCGAAGAAAAUUAUGAUGAGGUGAAAGAAGAACCAGAGCUGAAGGAAGAAGAAACGGAAGAGAAAGAAGAAGUGGAAGAAAAGAAAGAGAAAGUUGAAAAGGUAGAAAAGGAAGAAGAUUUAGAAAGUAAAGAAGCAGAUGAUGUCGAGGUUAAGAAGGAAGAAUUGAUAAGUACACCGGAAAAUACUGAAGUUGAAGAAGAAUCGUCUCUUAUAAAAUUGAGCGGCGGUCGCGCUAUGAAAACUUAUUCGAAAAAACAGAAUGUCGCAGUUGACAGAGAGUCUGAAAUUGAAAAUAGUGGCGAAGAAGGUGAUUACCGUAAUUGGAAGAAAGCAGUUUUGUUGGUGUACCAGCGAUUUACUCAACACAAAUAUGCUUCCAUAUUUUUGCGACCUAUUACUGAAGAUCAUGCGCCAGGUUACCACUCCGUGAUAUUCAGGCCCAUGGAUCUGUCGACUAUAAAAAAAAAUAUUGAGAAUGGAACAAUCAGAUCCACGAUGCAUUUCCAGCGGGACAUUAUGCUGAUGUUCCAAAAUGCUCUCAUGUAUAAUAAACGGAAUACUCUUAUCUACAAAAUGGCCAUGUCAAUGCAAGAAGAUUGUCUCCAAGAGUUCCAGAUGCUAGUGGGAGUAACAAAAGAUGUCUCUUUUAGAAGGGAAACAAGAACAGCCGGAAGUAGUAGUAGCGAAGUUAAUGAAAGCAAUAUUUUAAAACGGAAACGGAGUCACAUAACUCCCAGUCCUCAUGACUCUGAAAGCCCACGAAUGAAAAAACGAAAAUCGGAAAAUGAUUAAAAAUUACCAUCAUUUAGUUGCACAGUUUUAUUUAUCAAUAAUUUUUUUAUUAAAAUUUGUAUAAAUUUAAUUGUAUUUUUUACUUGAAUUAUUUUUUUUACUCAAAUAAAUUUAUGAAAAAUAAAAUUUAAUUACCAAUUAACUAAUUACGCUUAAUAAAAUUAAAAUAUAUAUAACCA